UUGAAGAAUUAGCUCGGGUUAAAGAAUUAAAAGAAAAAGUUAAUAAUUGUCAAAAAGAAAAUGAAGAAUUAAAAGAAAGAAACCAAUUAGUUAAAGUUUUUGAUGGUCGGGAUAAUGUAAAAGACGUCAGUAGAGGUCAAAUCGGAAGUGGAAAAAGAGCCGAUUUUUUACAAGAAGUUUUGACGGAUACUGAACCGAAAAAGGUUGUUGAAAGAGAUAUGCAAACCCACGGAGCAGAAUUUGGUUUUAUUGUGGCAACUUGUGCGAGUGGCAAGAUUAUUAAAUUAGUUGAGACAAUUGAUCCACGGAAAAAGAUUUAUGUUAGUGAUGGUGAUAGUAAUUUAUUUCUAGUAGUAAAAGUUGUGCGGGAACUGUUAAUUAAUAGAUACAAUUUUCUGAAAAUUGACAAUGAAACUGAUAAGGAACAAAAACUUAAGAAAGUUGAGGAUUGA